AUGGUUUUCGUCUCUACUCUUCUCAUCGCCUCGUGCAUUACCCAUGUCAUUGGCAGCGCGUUACCAAACCUGCCCGCCACCGACCUUGUGAUGCGCCAAAACAAACCCGCUGGAAUGAUUAUCAUCCUCUCUGAUGAUGAAGACUUGAAGAAGAUUCACGAGGCCAUGCAAAACCUCAAACGACAGAAUGCGCCAGAUCUAUCCUCGAUGGCAGGGCCCCCCCCAGUUGGAGAGGUCUUUUCUGAUCAAGUGUCCCCCCAUUGCCAGCUUUCCUAUCCAACUUGCACCCCUGCGGCAACCUACCUACACACCAUCCUCAAGACUAUCGCUGACGUCCAAGUUUCUGAGAAUGUCAAUGUCGAUGAAAUAGUCUCAAAUCCAAACGAUAGUGAGGUUCCCAUCUCCGUCAAGACAGGAACAGCAAAAGGGCACUGGUCUGAAAAGGGUUGGAAGAUUGGUCUGGGCUUUGACCUUGGAAAACCCCCCUUUACCGCCAAGUUUUCAGGUGAAUAUUCAGUGGCCGAGAAGACUACGGUCCUCGAGACAGUUGAUUUUACCUGGCAGGGUAAAUGCCCCCCGAAAACAGAAUGCCAAGUCAGGAUGACGGGUAAAUGCACUCGAGAGCCAUAUGCCUAUUGCUUGACUGGAGACCUAGCACGAGUAGAGAGAAGCCUUUGCACCGACCCAGGCUUCAAAGAGUGGGGUUGCAACCUAAUUAAGCAACGCGUCGCGGACAGAUGCCACAAAGUCAGGGAUUUUGUUGAUUGCACCGUCUCUUUCCCACUCAUGAAAAGCGAUGGCAAGCUCCGGACUAUCCGAUAUCUAGAGCAAAUUCCGCUCUCAGGCUGA